AUGGCUACUGCUCAAGAAUACAGAGGAAAUCCCGUUUGCAGUGAAUUUAAGAAAGACAUGUCCUGGGAAAUUUACAAGGAGCGCUUGGAGUUCUGGUUUGAAACUCGAGGAAUCACCGAUGAAGGUGAAAAGAGAGCGCAUCUGUUUGCUGUUGCAGGACAGGAUAUUCUUGAGUUGGCUCAGGCCUUAACUGGAGGCGCUGUGAGAAGUCAUUCGUACACACAAAUUGUAUCUAAGAUUUCUACGCAUAUGGACGCUCAGAGAAACAUGCGUAGAGAGAGAUUUCACUUCUUCCAGAGGGAGCAGAGAGAAGGGGAGACCAUCAAACAAUUUGUUAUGGCCCUCCAUGUCCUUGCUCGUUAUUGCAAAUUUCACGACGUGGAAGAUAUGAUUACUGAUCGGAUGUUCGAUGAGGCAAUGGAAAUUGCAUUGGCUUCAGAAUCAGCGGAUGCUGGAGCUAAGGAGAUGACAAAGGCAAUAGUGUCUGAAGUUCACAAGAGUUGUGUGGCAGGGGAAGCCACUGUAGACAAAGAAGGAAAAAACAUUCAUGCUACUACUGAUGCGUCAGAUAGCGAUGAAGAGAAGGUGAAACAUCUGUCUGGAAGAGUAGGAGGCGUAAAUGUUUUGGGGCAAAUCUGUCCGGAAGAGUGCGUCGAUGUGCAGAUCAAUGGUGUGACGACCGGAAUGGAGGUGGAUUCUGGAGCGACUGUGUCAGUGAUGCCAACAUGGCUUAGUCAGGGUGUAGUCAUUCUUGGAGAGGUGAAUGUGGAAGUAACUCUUGGCAAGAAAAAAGCAAUUUUGCCUUUACUGAUCACAGAAAAGGGUGGAUCACCUCUAUUGGGACGCAAUUGGUUUAAACCUCUGGGAAUCGAAAUUCGGAUAGCCGCAGUAGAAGAAGCAGUGGACUCGAAGACUAUUAAAGAGGUAUGUGAUCGUUACAAGUGUGUUUUUGAGAAUAAGUUGGGCAAGUCUGUUAGGGGAGAAGUUAAGAUUGAAUUAAAAGAGGACGCACAGCCACGUUUUUUCAAAAGUCGGGCUGUACCUUUUGCAAUUAAAGAAGAAGUAGGUCAGGAAUUGGACAGGUUGGUGGAACAGGAAAUCUUGGAGCCCGUGAAUUUCUCGGAGUGGGCAACACCUAUUUGUAUUGCUCGGAAAAAGAACGGAGAAAUUCGCAUUUGUGGAGAUUAUCGUUCAACUGUCAAUGAGGCCUCCCGGACGAACGAUUAUCCUUUACCUACUGUCAGGGAGCUAUUGGCCAAUUGCAAAGGGAAGAUUUUCUCAAAGUUAGAUUUAACUCAGGCAUACCAGCAGCUGCCCGUGAGCGAGGAAACUGCUCAUCUGCUCACAAUCAAUACUCACCAAGGUCUAUACAGAGUCAAAAGGCUUCAAUUCGGAAUCUCAGCAGCUCCGGGAUUGUUUCAGAAAUUCAUGGAUUCGCUACUGCAGGGAAUUCCCGGUGUGCAAGUGUACUUGGAUGACAUUCUCAUUGUGAGUGAUACACCCAAGGAGCAUUAUGAUCGUUUGGCUGAAGUUCUUGGAAGGCUGAAGGGUGCUAACCUCACUAUAAAAAGGGACAAAUGCGUUUUUGGGGCACCCAAGGUUCAAUUUGUGGGUUUUUCCAUUUCCGGGGAUGGUGUACAUUCCCUGGAGGAUCAUGUGACUGCUAUUAGGAGAGCACCCACUCCAAAAAACAAAACUGAAUUGCAGGCUUGGUUGAAGGACUCAACGUUGAGCAGAGUAAAAAGAUGGGUACUGGAUGGAUUUCCUGAACAUUGCUCAGAUAUAGAGCUGAAAACUUAUUUUGACAAAAGAUCUGAGAUUUCAAUUGAAAAGGACAUUUUGCUUUGGGGAGUCCGUGUUAUUAUCCCUGAGAGAGCUAGAAAAUCAUUAUUGGAGACACUUCAUCAAGCCCAUAAUGGCAUUGUGGCUAUGAAGAUGUCGGCGAGAGCAUAUUUUUGGUGGCCAAAAAUGGAUAAGGAUAUCGAGGACACAGUUAGACAGUGCGAAACAUGUCAAGUUUUAAGGAAUGACCCGCCAAAAGCACCACUUUGUGACAACAAGGAAAGCAAGAGACCCUGGCACAAGCUGCAUGUAGAUUUCGCGGGUCCGUUUAUGGAUAAAAAUUUUCUGGUUGUAGUGGAUGAUAUGUCGAAAUGGUUGGAAGUGCGUGUGGUACGGGCACAGUCAUCAGUUGAAGUGAUCAAGGUUUUCCGAGAUUUAUUCGCAACGCAUGGAAUUCCUGCUGAAGUAUGCAGUGACAACGGACGAGCUUUUGUGUCUGAGGAAAUGAAGGAGUUUUGGUGUAGUCAUGGAAUUAAACAUUUCACAGUAGCGCCCUACCAUCCAUCGUCGAAUGGACUUGCAGAACGAAUGGUUCAGUCAGUGAAAGACAAGUUAAAGAAAUUGGAUGGAGAUAUCGAGAGUCGAGUUCGUGAGCUUCUGAUGAAUCAACACACAACCCCACAUGCAACGACGGGAAAAAGUCCAGCAGAACUUUUGAUGGGAAGGCGUUUGAAAACAUUGCUCAGCAAGGUACUUCCAGACGAAUUGGAGGAGGGAAGGAAAGUAGAUGGACAAGCAAGACAAUUCGCUGUUGGAGAUCACGUUUUUGCCAGAAAUUAUGGAUCUGGUCCAAAAUGGAUUGCGGCCACCAUUGUUGAAAAGACUGGACCAGUUUCAUAUCAAGUUCAAUUGGAAUCAGGAGUACUAUGGCGUCGGCACAUUAAUCAGCUGAUUUCAAGGACAUUAGGUACUUCAGCGCAGCCGAAUGUGAUUCAAGAAAAUCCACAGGAAGAAAUUGUUAUUCCGGUUCCAUCCGAAAACUUUUCUGAGGAAGACAUCGAGACAGAAAAUCAAGAAAUAUUGAUAUCGGAUGAUACACCAGCUCCAUUAACGUCAGAAAACAGUCAGAUGCAGAUGGAUCCGGUUUCACCAAGAAGUGUCGAAAGACCUGUUCGUGAACGACGACCACCAAGUUAUCUGAAGGAUUAUCAUACUUACAAGAUUGAAGGGGGAAGGGGAUUUGUUACAUUUAAACUGUAA